UGCAACUCAUGCCAUUUGACCACCAAUAGAGCCACAGAUUGAUGCAACUUCUCAUAGUGCUCCACGAAGAACCAUGUACAUCCUUGUCACAGCCCUUCUGGGUGCCCUAAUCCUACUACUGUUCUACAUCAAAACCUCCCAAAAACUGCACUACUGGAGGGACCGCAACUUUCCCUACGCCAAAACCACCGUCUUCCAACUUCUCCGAAAAACUUCCAUCUUCGUUUUCCGUCUGAAAAGCAUCGAUGCUGUCGUCAAAGAUAUGUAUGACAGUGGGGAAGGUUUGAAAUAUUUCGGCCAAAUCGGUUUACAUAAAAAUGAAAUUGUUCUACGGGAUCCAGACAUAGUUUACAACGUGAUGAUCAAGGAUUUCUCGUACUUUAUGGACCGGCCUUUCCCUGUCGACGAGAAAAACGAUCCGCUGAGUGCGCAUUUGUUCGGUUUGAAAGGUGACCGCUGGAGAGCUCUGCGAUACAAACUAGCGCCCACCUUCACGACGGGAAAACUGCGUACUAUGUUCAAACAGCUGGCGGAAAGUUCGGAUGCCAUUGUUGACUACAUCUCCCACAAACGGGAGUCUUUGGAUGCGAAACAGCUAGUCUAUUCAUAUACUCUUGACAUCAUAGCUUCGGUAGCUUUCGGUAUGAAGGUUGACGCCCAUAAAUAUCUAGACGGAGAGAAAAGCGAGUUCGUCGACAUGAGUUUGAGGUUCUUCCAGAUGACCAACCGACGCUUCUUCAAGUUCAUCAUGAUCACCUUCUUCGAGCGAUUCAGUAAAGCUGUGGGAAUAACGUUGACUGAAGAUGAUGUGAAAGCAUUUUUCUUCGCUUUGGUGAAGGAUAUAAUCGCUCAUAGGAAGGAUACGGGGAGAAAGUCGAACGAUUUUCUGCAGCUGAUGAUAAACAUAAAGGAGCAGGAUGAAAAGCAUGGAGCGAAGGCGGGAGAGAUAAAGAAGGAGAUACUGACAAAUCACGAGGAGGAUGACAAGGAGCUGUUUGAGAAUCUGGAUACUGGCAAGAAGGGGGCACUGCAUUUUGAAAUGACGGACGCUCAUCUGGCAGCCAACACAUUCAUCUUCAUCUCGGGCGGAAGCGAGACAACAGCCACCGCGCUGACGUUCGCACUUUUAGAGCUCAGCUGUAACACAGCUGUUCAGCUGAAGCUGCAGGAUGAGAUUGACAGUGCCCUAAUUGACCAGGACCUCAGCUUUGCCACAGUCAAUUCCAUGACUUAUCUCAACCAGGUUGUGUUGGAGGUUCUCCGUAAACACCCGCCCAUAUCACUGAUGAACCGUCACUGCGUUCAAGACUAUCACAUCCCAGGUACUGAUCACGUGAUAAGGAAGGGAGACGAGAUAGUCAUCCCGACAUCCAGCAUACAGAACGAUCCGGAAAACUUCCCGGAUCCGGAAGUGUUCAAUCCGGACAGAUUCCAGGAUCCGGACUCGAUCCGGAAAGGGACGUUCCUGCCUUUCGGGAUGGGACCGCGAUUUUGUAUAGGUGAGUUUCUAUCUUUUAGAUACAUUUGUUGAAAGUGGAUUCGCUUACAAUUUUUGCUCAUAUUUUUCUCUCUUUUUUCCCGCCUUCUCCAUUUCUUCCCUUUUCCACUCCUCUUCACCCAUAAUUCCUUACUUUUAUACCCUCUACCUGGCUAUUACAUGGGAAACCAUAGUUGACUAGGUAUUUUUUCCUCCUUUUUCCUUUUCAGCACACCCCACCAUUUUGUAUAUUAUUAGAAACUCAUUUUAAAUUAUGAUUUUUGUAUGAUUUUCUUUUAUGUAUGUUGUGUUGAAUUGAAUAAAAUUAUUGAUUGACCGAUUUAUUGAA